CCCAUAAAUACAGUAAACGCACCCCCUUAGCAGCAUCACGGUUCCUAUCCAAACCCUCUCUCGUCCUCGCCGCAUCUUCACGAAGGAAUUAUGAGCAGCCGUUCGAGCAGAACCCUCUAUGUUGGCAAUCUCCCUGGGGAUGUUCGAGAGAGGGAGGUUGAAGAUUUGUUCUACAAGUAUGGACCUAUUCGUAAUAUUGAUCUAAAGAUCCUUCCAAGGCCUCCAAGUUAUGCAUUUGUCGAGUUUGAGGAGGCUCGUGAUGCUGAAGAUGCGAUCCGCGGUCGUGAUGGCUAUAAUUUUGAUGGUAGCAGGCUACGGGUGGAACUUGCGCAUGGUGGAAGAGGCCAUUCUUCGUCUUUUGAUCGUCCUCGCAGUUACAAUGGAGGAGGCGCCCGUGGUGGUGUUUCAAGGCAUUCAAAUUAUCGAGUGAGGGUCACUGGUUUGCCUUCUUCUGCAUCAUGGCAAGACCUGAAGGACCAUAUGCGCCGAGCUGGUGACGUCUGUUUCUCUGAAGUAUUCCGUGAUGGAGGAGGCACUACGGGAAUAGUUGAUUAUUCGAACUAUGAUGACAUGAAAUAUGCGAUCAGAAAACUUGAUGAUUCUGAGUUUCGGAAUGCAUUUUCUCGAGCAUAUAUAAGAGUUAAGGAGCAUGACCGUAAGAGAAGCUUAUCUAGAAGCCCCAGUCGUAGUCGUUCUCAUUCAAGGAGCCGAAGCCGUGAUAGGAGCAAAUCUCCCAAAUCCAAGUCAGCGCGCCGUUCGUUGUCCAGAUCUCGCUCGAGAUCCAUUUCUUCUCGCUCUCGUUCUGGUUCCAGAGGACGGUCUUUGUCAGGAUCGCGGUCAAGGUCCAGAUCUCCAGUAACUCCUCCUCCCAGCAAAAGAAUGAGCCGGAGCCCAAGGAAGCCGAGUCCUACUCGGAGCAAUAGUGCAUCACGGUCUUGGUUCCCUCCCAUAUCUUGGUAAAAAAAAGUCUCUGGAUGCCUUGUGGAAGAUAGCUCAAUGUGCAACGGAAAACAUUCAUAUAUAUUUGGUGGAUUUCCUCAUGGCUUAUGCUUCUGGAUUUUAUCAGCCUCUUAAGAACUUUAUUUGAAGUUGAAUUGGAACCUUUUGCUUAGUGAUUAUGUUGUUGAUGAUUUUGUUAUCAGUACUUAAAAAACUAAUUGACUAUCAGGGGAUCUAAAGAUUUGCAACUCCUAUAAUUCUCGCAUGUUUAUUUUCAAAUAUUUAUGGUGUGUCAUUUGUCCAUUAUGUGAAAUGUUUAUUGAGUCGGGAGCGGUGCCUUUAUGAGCUA